GGACAAGUUGUCUGACUUGUGCAUGUGCUUGGUGUCCUAUUACCCACCUGGACAAACAGCUUCUCUUCUUUUCAAACAUCUUGGAGGUGUCAUUUCCAGACAGCCUGUUUCUAAGCAAGUGAAAACAUGUUAAAGCAGAUUCUGUCAUUUGGGCACUCCUUGGUGCGCAGGAAAGUGGUCGACCUGAACAGCCUGGAGGACUCCAAGUUGUGCCGCUGCCUGGGAACCGUCGACCUCAUUGCCCUGGGGGUGGGCAGCACUCUAGGUGCUGGUGUCUAUGUUUUAGCCGGAGAGGUGGCCAAGGCCAACUCUGGCCCAAGCAUUGUCAUAUCCUUCCUGAUUGCUGCUCUGGCCUCUGUCAUGGCCGGACUAUGUUACGCUGAGUUUGGGGCCCGUGUACCCAAGACUGGCUCUGCGUACCUGUACAGUUACGUGACUGUCGGGGAGAUCUGGGCCUUCAUUACCGGCUGGAACCUCAUCCUCUCAUAUGUAAUUGGUACAUCGUCAGUUGCCAGAGCAUGGAGUGGCACGUUUGAUGAAAUGAUUGGAGGACACAUCGAAGUAUUUUGUAGGACCUACUUCAGUAUGAACGCUCCUGGCUUGGCUCCGUACCCCGACUUCUUUGCUGUGUGCCUGAUUCUACUGCUGUCUGGACUCUUGUCGUUUGGAGUGAAGGAAUCGGCCUGGGUCAACAAGGUCUUCACUGCCAUCAACGUGCUGGUCCUCUUGUUCGUUAUUAUCUCUGGAUUUGUCAAAGGAGACACAUACAACUGGAAGAUAAGUGAAGAAUCCCUUAUCAACGUCACCAUAGUCACAAGGAACUUGUCAGAGAUGGCCAAUGUGAGCAGUGAUUAUGGCGUUGGGGGUUUCAUGCCCUACGGUUUUAGUGGAACCUUAGCUGGAGCUGCCACCUGCUUCUAUGCUUUUGUGGGGUUUGAUUGCAUUGCAACAACAGGCGAGGAAGUGAAGAACCCCCAGAAGGCCAUUCCCAUCGGCAUCGUGUCGUCACUCACCGUGUGUUUCCUCGCCUACUUCGGUGUGUCGGCUGCUCUCACCCUGAUGAUGCCUUAUUACCUGCUGGAUGAGAAGAGUCCCCUGCCCAUGGCCUUUGAGUAUGUGGGGUGGGGCCCUGCCAAGUAUGUUGUAGCUGUGGGGUCGCUGUGUGCCCUUUCCACCAGUCUGUUGGGCUCCAUGUUCCCUCUGCCACGUAUUCUCUUUGCCAUGGCACGAGAUGGCAUUCUGUUCAAAUUUAUGUCCAAAGUGAGUAAGCGCCAGUCGCCAGUGGCUGCCACCCUGGCAGCAGGUACCACUGCGGCUAUCAUGGCGUUCUUGUUUGACCUCAAAGCUCUUGUUGACAUGAUGUCCAUUGGCACUCUGCUGGCCUACACGCUGGUUGCUGUCUGUGUACUCAUUCUCAGGUAUCAGCCAGAUGGAGCUCACACCUUGAGUAAACCUGGGAGAGACGUUUUGUCCUCUGAGGAGUCUGAACUGACUGAGUCAGAGUCACACCUGAACAUGCUGAGAGCAGGCAGCUCCACCCUGCAGACCGCCCUGCACCCCCCUGUCUUACCUUCGGAGCAGUCGUCCAGCGUGGUCAACAUGUCCAUCAGCCUGUUAGUGCUGCUCGUGUGUGUUGUCAGCUAUUUCACCACAUACCACCUCGAGUCCAUUUCUAGGUUGGAGGUGUGGAUCCUGGCCUUUUUGUCCGUGUGUCUCGUCAUGUUCAGUGGCUGCAUCAUCAUGGUCUGCAGGCAGCCUCAGACGACCACCAAGGUGUCCUUCAUGGUACCCCUCCUUCCUUUUCUGCCUAUUCUGAGUGUUUUUGUUAAUAUUUACCUCAUGGUUCAGCUGAGUGGAGACACCUGGAUCCGUUUCUCAGUGUGGAUGGCAGCAGGGUUUCUCAUCUACUUUGGUUACGGCAUGUGGCACAGCGAGGAGCGGCAGCGCCACCUGCAGGGCACACGAAUCAACAACAUGGCCGCUCAGGAGAACAAGAAGAGCAGCCGAGAGACGCAGGCCCAUGUUAACGCAGCAGAGAAGGAGCAAGAGAGCUUUGUCAGCCCUGAGAAGACCAGCCAGUGUUGAAGAUCACAAACUGAGACCCCAGCAGCUCCGCCCUGACGCUCCUGGGGCUCCGAUAUGUCAGCUCGUCUUUCUCACCUUCACUCUGCAAAGAGUCAAAACUCUGUCUGAGCAGCCACAUGACGAGGAGCUGCUCAGCUCUGUGCUGGAACCACAACCUGCAGGUCAAGCUUUAUGCACAACAUGGACAACCUUGGAGAAGGACUAGAACAGACUGGUAUCACACUGAAGAGUGACGCUUCAUUUAACACUCAGAAGAAAGAGACUCAGAGUUGGAGUUCAUGGCCGGGAGACUUCAGUGCAUUCAUCCGUCAACGUGCUCGUUCAUACAACAACCAAAACAUGACUGCGUGUUUUCUACAAACAAAUAUAUCAGUGGAACCGUUCUGAGACACACUGACUCGCAUUUACACACUUACAAUGAUCAUUCCUGCUGGAAACAGUGGCGCAGCUAUGAGGGGGGCUGGCGAGGCCGAGGCCCACACAUUUUAUCACAAAGUCCAUCCAGUUAAACAGACAACUGUUUUCUAAAAUUAUUUUAGGUGCUUCAUUUAUGUAAGACAAAAAAAUCCAUCCAUCCAUCCAUCCAGCCAUCCAUCCAGCCAUCCAGCCAUCCA